AUGGCUACUUCCUUCAUGCAGAGCUCUUCUUCUACCUAUGGUGGUGGCUUUGGGGGUGGUGGUAGCUCUCGCCUUUCCUCAGUCCGAGCGGGAGGAGCCUGCCGAGCUCCAAGCAUCCAUGGAGGGUCUGGUGGCAGGGGUGUUUCCAUCUCUUCAGCUAGGUAUGUCUCCUCUGUAGGAGGUGGAUAUGGUGGUGGAUAUUCUGGUUUCGGUAGCAGCUGUGGAGGAGGCUACAGUGGCUUUGGUGGAGGUGCUGGCUUUGGUGGAGGGGCUGGCUUUGCUGGAGGAGCUGGCUUUGCUGGAGGUUCUUGCUUUGGUGGAGGAUCUGGCUUUGGUGGAGGUUUUGAAGUUGGUGGUGGCUUUGGUGGUGGGGAUGGCCUUCUCUCUGGCAAUGAAAAGAUAACUAUGCAGAACCUGAAUGACCGCCUGGCCUCGUACCUGGACAAGGUGCGAGCACUGGAAGAGGCAAAUUCAGAUCUUGAAGUUAAAAUCCGAGACUGGUACCAGAAGCAAUCUCCCAGCAGCCCAGCCCGGGACUACAGCAAUUACUACAAGAUAAUUGAGGAUCUCCGAGACAAGAUCCUUGCAGCUACUGUUGACAAUUCCAGAGUCAUUCUGGAGAUCGACAAUGCCAGGCUGGCUGCAGAUGACUUCAGACUGAAGUAUGAGAACGAGCUGUUCCUGCGCCAGAACGUGGAGUCCGACAUCAACGGCCUGCGCAGGGUCCUGGAUGAGCUGACCCUGUCCAGAGCCGACCUGGAGAUGCAGAUUGAGACACUGAAGGAGGAGCUGGCCUACCUCAAGAAGAACCAUGAGGAGGAAAUGAAAGAGUAUUCAAGCCAGCUCAGUGGAACAGUCAACGUGGAAAUGGAUGCGGCUCCUGGCAUCGACCUGACCAGAAUUCUCUCCGAGAUGAGGGAGCAGUACGAAGCUCUGGCUGAGAAGAACCGUAAAGAUGCUGAAGCCUGGUUCUUCACUCAGACUGAUGAGUUGAACCGUGAGGUAGCCACCCAUACACAGCAGAUACAGUCCAGCAAAUCGGAGAUCACAGAACUGAGACGCACGGUCCAGAGCCUGGAGAUUGAGCUCCAGUCGCAGCUCAGCAUGAAAGCUGGACUGGAAGCCAACCUGCGAGAUACAGAAGGCCGAUACUGCGCUCAGCUGGCCCAGAUUCAGGCCCUCAUCACCAGCGUUGAGGAGCAACUGAGCGAACUGCGGUGCGACAUGGAGCGUCAGAACCAGGAGUACAGGAUGCUCAUGGACAUCAAAAGCCGCCUGGAGCAGGAAAUUGCCACCUACCGCCAGCUGCUGGAGGGCCAGGACUCUCAGAUGUCAGCAGUGAACCCUAAAGAUGCAUCUGCAAACACUGGAAGAGUUCGCAUCAGUGUGGAAGAUGAUGGAAAACAUACUUCUUCUCGUGACAGGAGAUAUUAG